AUGACUUCCAAUGCCUUAUUCUUCAAAGCUGAUAAAGUGAUCAUGUCCACCCAAGAAAGAAUGGCUAAAUGGGUCAACGACGAUGGUUUCUUCUACAAACAUCUCAAACGCCCCCAUCUUGAUUCCACCAGCACAUCGGCUGAUCCGCUUCCGGAUCUUGCAGCUGAAGCGAAAGCACGCACCGAAAGAAAGAAGAAGGUGCUAUUAAAACUCAAAACCAAGUAUCAGCAAAAGAUCCACCAUUGGGAACAUUUGCCGAACACCUUGAAAGCAUUGCAAAACCGUAUGCAAAAUCAACCAUCGCCCAUGGUACUAUCAGAUCAGACGGUCUCCGUUUUGCCGGAAAAUUCGUCAAAUUCUCCUUUCCAGGAUCUUACCGACACACUAUUUGCUCAGGUAUUGGCCCACCCUUCAAUAAUUACCGUAUUUGGAUGUUGGAUUGUUGAUGUCGUUACUUGUAGAAUUCAAAACUACAACUGA